GUUCGAAUAAUAGCAGACGACGACGACGACAACGACGACGACGACGACAAAAGGGACGGGCUGGGGGGAGAAAUGUGGGAGUAUCACCGCUCGACCCUCGAGCAGUUAUCGCGGUCGGGGAAGAGAUUGGCGGAGGGAGGGCCUCUGGGAAACCCCGCUAUGCCGCAAACGCUCUAGGCGAGGAUUUGUCGACAAGACCUCCGUGCGGUGGAUUGUUGACAGCGGACAGAGAGGUGGACGCUGGACAUACGAUAUCUGAGUCGCAGAGUCUACGGCUGCACCGAUGCAAAUACAUGCGCCUGCACAUAUACAUAUACAUGUAUACGGAUCUGGACCUGGAUGUGUAUAUAUGGGACAUCUACCUAUCUAUCUCGAGGGUCCGGCGCUCUCGUGAGCACUGCGGGGUAUAGGGUAGGUAAGCUGGGCAUGCACGAGCGAACACAACGAAGGCGAAGUGAUGAUUCUCAGGCAGCAGAUUCCCUCACACUCAUGGUCACGUCGGGAUCAGAUACCCUUAUUAUGUGCGACCUCAGAGCCCUCUUUGACAGUCGUUUUGCUCGAGUUACAUAUGUCUUGCAGGAUAAGUGGUCAAGCAGCGGCCAGUCCGGCUCCUGGAACCAGAGGGGAGAGCCAGGAAGAGGAAAGGGGGUCUUGGAUCUCCAGGAGCCUCCGACGGCCAGAGAGGAAAUAGGGAAGAUGUCAAAUUGUCAAUCGAUCCACACAGUGCACACACACACGGAUCCGCACUCCUUGCAAGAUAUCUAUACGUGCGGUAACGUAGCCUCUUCCGCGCAAGGUCUCAUCACCUCAGCACACAGGGCGGACGAAGCGAUGUCGAGCGAACGUUUUCGUCCCCAAGCCACAAAAAGCCUUCGCUUGCGCCUGGCAGCUGCAGAUGCCAUGGCAGGUCUGCAGCGAGUCGGGAAUUUCUGCUCCACGGAUGUUGUAGGGCACGUAUCCCACCGCCUCACUCGAGGCCAUACACGCGACCAGCAUCCCAAUUCUGUCACGGUGGAUUCUGGAGUAGAGACAGAAGCGUACGGUACGGGGAAAGGAGACGGCCAAGCGUGGACGUUGGAAGCCUCCAUUGUCUAG